AUGCCGACGUCGCUCAAUUCCCCCCCGGCCGCCGGCUUCAUGCUCAAAACGGCAAAAGCACCGGAAUGGGCUAAGGAGAUUUCCCAGAGCCCAGCUCAUCAGAACCCAUCCAAGGCCCCACCAGUCCCGACUAAAGAUCUUGAACUUUCACAAGACUCUACGACGAGCCUCGAGCAAUACUACGAAGACUCACAAAAUGCUUCCUUCAUCGACCAUACAUCCAGACGGUCAUUGAGCUCCCGGUCUCUCGAGAAACGUGGCCCCCUUUACUGCAAAGAUGGUCCAUGUGUCGAUGGAAGACGGAAGACUGAUUCUAUAUUUUUAUUAAGCUGUUGUGGUCCCGAUAGCAUUUGCGGAUAUGGCCCCGACUUUUGCGGGAAAGGAUGUCAGUCUCAGUGCGAUGCAACUGCCAUGUGCGGAGAAUACAGUGAGAACGCCGAUAUGCCAUGCGGCAUGAAUCUCUGCUGUUCGCAAUCUGGCUGGUGUGGUACCACCGAGGUCUUCUGCCACAAUGCCGACCCGAUCAACCUCAGUGCACCUUGCCAGGCCGGUUAUGGCUCUUGUUCCAUCGCUUCUACCCCAUCAUGCGCAAAAGGCGGCGGGAGCACAAAUGGCCGCACGAUCGGAUACUACCAGUCAUGGAACGUGAGGACCCGGAAAUGCGAUACCAAGACUCCCAAGCAGCUUGAUACCAAGGGCUUCACCCAUCUGUUUUACUCCUUUGCAUUCAUCGAUCCAACUUCAUUCGCCGUUGUUCCAGCCCACGACGACGACCCUGCUCAGAUGCGAGAAUUCACCGGCUUAGCCAAGGACGGUCUCAAGACUUGGAUUGCUGUCGGCGGCUUCGACUUCAGCAACCCCGAGACAAAGACCCACCACACCUGGAGCGACAUGGUAGCGACGAAGGCCAAUCGUGCUGCUUUUAUCUCUUCUGCCCGCGAGUACAUGGACGAAUAUGGUUUCACUGGCAUCGAUCUCGACUGGGAGUAUCCCGGUGAGCCUAAGCGUGGUGGAAGAAAGCUCGAGGACACUCGCAACUUUGCUGUGCUUCUCCGUGAGAUGCGUGCUGCUUAUGGCGAUAAGUACGGCAUCAGUCUGACCCUUGCACCUGAUUAUUGGUACCUGAGAUGGUUCGACGCCAAAGCGAUGGAGCCUUUUGUCGACUUCUUCGGAUUUAUGGCCUAUGACCUUCAUGGAUUCUGGGAUGAAGACGUCAAGACUCUCGGCAAGGUUGUUCGCGGUCAAGCUGACAUACGUGAAAUCGGCAACAAUACUGUUCCCCUAUGGUUCGAUGGGCUUGAUCCCAAGAAGAUCAACUUUGGUCUUGCCAUGUAUGGCCGUGUUUAUUUGUUUUACCCUAUAGAAUCUAUAUAA